CCCAAUCUGUGAACAGGUCCCUAUAAACACAACCGUUUAUCAAGUACAUUGUUAACAUGUCAACAUCAGUAGUUGUACAAGCACGACAAGAACUGUUGUAACUUUGUAUACUACUGGACAAAGCUUCACAAAUUAUACAGUCUACUCUCGUUAUCUCGACAUCGCACAUCUCGAUUUUCUCGAUACGUCGAGGUUAUCUCAUGUGCAGCAACUCCUCCAUAAAUUGGACAGACGCAAUGAUUUCCUGUCACGAUGCAGGUGGUUUGCCUUUAACUAAAGAAACACCCGUACUGGAACGAUUUCAACUUUCAAAUACCUCGUUUUGGACAGCAGACUAUAUUGCGAAAGACUACGUUCAAGACAAUUAUGCUGGUGGUCAACUGAUUGUGUGUUCCUUCAAGAUAUUAAGCCUAUCGGCUGGUUGGAGCGGUGAACUCAAAAACAAUUGCUUCUUCAACCGUAAAUACAGCUGCUGUGAUAAACCCGAUACGUGUGACAAUUCGACAUGUGUAAAAACAGGACAAUGGCUUGAUGCUAUAUCUUGUAAUACUUCUAACACAGAGGCGUGUUUGAAGAACGCGACAGAAUUUUUAACACCCGGAGAUUAUUGGAUAAGAAAGGCGCUGGCUCUCUUGAACCGAACGUAUAACGGUGAACAAAGUCUUCGACCAAGUAAAUGCGGUAGUUUUAAAGAUGGCGUAUACAGUGUCGGAAUAUUCAACUGCACAGACAAACUGAUAUCAGCUUGUUACUUUAAUUCUACCAGUGAAGAAAGCAAAGUAUCAGCUCAAUACACACAUUGCGAUUUAAUGCUGCCAAAUCCGCCAAAUAUUCGUCAUGGGCUACACCAGGAAUCCCCUCUUGGAAUCAGCCUCGGAGUCGGGAUUGGCGUUCUUGUUUUAGUUAUUCUAAUCAUAGCAGUCAUUAUAUACUUAAGAAUAAGGUUGCAUGAACAAAAAAAUGAACCAUCUGAACGAAAUAAAGAAACUCAUUUAGACAACGUGCACAUGGAUGUCGAUAAUCAAGAAUCGGGGAAAACUGAACAGAAUAUAAACAUUAACGAUACGAAGGUAUAUUAUGCCGUUCCCGAUAAAAGAAAUCCGUCGAAAAAGUCACCUGCUAUUAGAAACGGUAAUGCAAACGGUAACCAAGAUGACAUCGUAAGGGGGUCUGAUUACGAUGACUAUGACAUAAACGAUGCGAAGCUAUAUUAUGCCGUUCCCGAUAAAAGAAAUCCGUCGAAAAAGUCACCUGCUAUUACAAUCGGUAACCAAGAUGAUAUCGUAAGGGGAUCUGAUGACGCUGACUAUGGCAUAAACGAUAAGAAGCUAUAUUAUGACGUUCCCGAUACAGGAAUCCCGUCGAAAAAGUCACCCGGUAUUACAAUCGGUAAUGCAAGCGAUGACCAAGAGGAUAUCGUAAGGCGAUCUGUUGACGCUGACUAUGACAUAGCGCAUGUAGAUCAGGCCAACUGGUCUACUCCUGCUGAAGGGUUUAAUACACUUGACGAAGGAGAUUAUAAUGUUUGCUCGCAUGGACCAAACAAGCCAACAGUUUUCAUUAGCGAUUAUGACCACCUUCAUAUUUGAGAGUAUAACUCAGAUGCAACAUACAAAACAUGUACAUUUGCACAAACGAUGUUGACGCGCAACAUAUUCAAUUUGAUCGAUUGUAAGAAUAAUGUCAUUAAAGAAAAGUUUUCAGAAGAGACAUUAUUGUAAUAAAAUAAUCGUUAAUUUAAGUGAUUUUAACAAUGUCAUAAUCCCUACAGUGAACUGCAAACAUGACAAUAAAUACAUACUUUACUUCUUUUUGAAAACCAUUGAAUCCUCGAAUGUUUUAAUGUGUUUUCUCACAGUUUUUUACCCUACAGUGAAAAACGACAAAACGACUAAAUAAGUUUUGUUCAAUUUGAAAUCCACAAAUUCAUCGUGUGUUUAAUUAUGUUUUAUUCAUAUCUAACAUUUCGGCUACAAUAAACGGUUCAUAUCAAAAUCA